UUGCUAUCUUCUACAUUAUUAGAAAAAUCACCGCUUUUAGCUCGAUCUUGCCCUGAUCCGGGAAAAUUGGAGAAUGGCGUGCGAGAGGGUGAUGUAUUUGAGUACCCCCAUACCGUAGUCUUCCGUUGCCAUCCUGGCUUUCUUCUCUUGGGGCCAGCUACACGAAGAUGCGAAAGUAAUGGGGAAUGGUCGGAUGAGGCACCCAUAUGUCAAGCUACCGAAUGCCCUCGGCCGCCGGAUCCGCUCCAUGGAAGAGUUCUUGGCACCUCGCUUACUUACCAGUCAACUGUCACAUAUUCCUGUAAAGAAGGCUACCGACUUGUCGGUCAAGUGCAACGAAUCUGCCUUGCCGAGGGGAUCUGGGCUGGCACGGAACCGAGAUGUGAAGAAAUUCGUUGUCCCCCUCUGCCAGCUCUUAGUAACGGAUACAUCGAAGGAGGUGAUACAUACUACGGGGCAACGGCUACUUUCAGGUCGGUGUUUACUUAA